AUGCGAGAUCUCAUCACGGUGUCUUUCAUUGGUAGCGGAGAGUUGAAGUCGACUUACAUGAUGCCUAUCCUGAGGAUACGCAAACCGGUAGUCUGGGGAUUUCUUCUUUGGUCGCAGAAGGUGAAUCCUCUGUAUGAGAAGAUCACUCUCGAUCACAACAUUCUAGACGAAUACCCUGAGCAUGAUAUGAUACCUGGGCUCCUGAAGGAGACAUUCGUUCUCAACUGCAACGCUGAUGCUAUUCGUUCGAUGCGUAAGAAUGCCGUUGCUGGAUUUCAUGAGCAUCCGACCCUAGUUGAACCAGAUCCUUCGCAUGGUCCACCAGGUGGGCACAUGCAGGAUAUGGUCAUGGAGAAGUUCGGAGUAACCGAUCCAAACCUCCGAGCUCAGCCUGGCCGCAUAUUGGCGCGCGAUGCAUUCCGAAAGCUGUACAAGCAAUCAGACAACGAGAACACGGCGAAGCUCGUCUACUUGCUCACGUCUCAACCUGAGAAGGAGUACGCGAACCCUAAGCUACUGGCAGGCAUGUUUCCUCUCCUCUUUCCCUACGGUAUUGGGUUGAUAGAGGAUCCCGAUCGCAGGCGGGCGCUUUCUCUUGCUGCACACAUACGUGCACUCAUGGAAUCAUCCAUACAAGACGUACAAACCCACAAUUCGUUCUCUUUCGUCACUUGGAACAUGAUCUCGCGCCGUCUAGCUCACCUUCACUCCAAGAUUACGGUGUCUCGACGUAGUUACGAUAGUGUUGCGCGCGAUCUGCUGUCCAUAUCACCUGAGUCUGUCUUGCACGCGGUAAGCUUCUUCGAACAUAAUGCGGGUGUAUUUCGGCACGACCUUCCACCCGAGGUCCAGAAGGCACUUCAUCUGCUUCGCCAGGUGAGAUCUGUCACGUCGUGUAUUCCGGGGUCGGAAGGAGCAAAACAUAGAGCUCAGAGUGAGAUACGCGGUUACUCCGCCGUCUUGGGAGUCCCGCAUCUCUUCAUCACUCUCAACGUGAACGCAAUGCAUAGCCCCGUCUUCCAGUUCAUGUGUGGUGAUCGCACCUUCAACUUCGAUACCCGGGUUCCUGUCAUAGGCACAAAUAGAGAACGGGCGGUUCGUCUCGCAGAUAAUCCGGUCAUGGCUGCCCGGUUCUUCGACUUCAUGAUCAGAUCGAUAUUCUCUGCGCUAUUCGGGUGGGACUUCGCUGAAAGACGCGCUGAAGAGUUCCCUGGCAUCCUUGGACCGCUAUCGGGCUGGUACGGCACGGCGGAAUACACCAACCGAGGGGCGCUUCAUGGUCACUUCUUGCUAUGGCUUCUCGGUGGACUCAAUCCAUCCGAGAUACACAAGCGCUUGACUGAGUCCCCGGAGUUCGAAGAAAGGUUCUUCCAAUACCUCGAAAGCAUCGUGUCAUACGAGCUUCCAGAUGCCGAAGUGCCUCCUGCGCUACUCGAUCCCAAAGCGGAUCCGCGCCAAGAGCUUCCUCAUUGGCCUCCAUCGUCUGACGCGUCGGAGGAAGAGAUCGAUACAUGGCUAAGGGAUGUCUUCCAGCCCGAUCUCGUUUAUUGCGGCGAGAACUUGCAAAGGCACGAAUGCAAGCCUGUGUGCUUCAAGUACGGGUCUGAGCAAUGCCGCUUUCACUACCCCCACGAGAUAGCAGAAGAAAGCAAGUUCGACCGUGAAACCCUUUCAGUUGUCAUCAAAGUUCUGGAUGCCACGUGCAAUCCAUACAACAAAUGGCUACUGGGAACCUGUCGCCACAACAUCGAUGUGAAAUACAUACUGUCUGGAAAGGGCGGUAAGGCCGGGAUGUUCUACAUCGCGGGCUACAUUACCAAAUCGGAGCUUAGCAUGCCUGAGACUCUAGGUCUGUUCCACUCAGCGCUCAUGAAGAUAGACCACCGCAUUCAGAUGCCGGAGGCCGCUCGGGCAAAAGCUUUACUCAGUAGAUGCAUCGGGGCAAUGACGCACAAGCAGACGGUUCACGCGCAGCAGUGUGCUCGGUAUCUUCUCGGAGAAGGAGACACGAUGCAAUCCCAUCCAACAUACGUGGUGCAAUCAAGAGCCAUCGUGGAUCUGGUGCAGCGCGCUUUCAAGAAGACUAUAGAUCAUUCCCGACGGCUGAUAGAUGAACGGGCCAGUAAAGCACCAUCUAAUGAGAUGCAGCCCGACUCGUCACAACAGGAGCAAAAGGAAGACGAUGACGAUAUAGACGAAGACGAUGCAGAUGGACCCAUAGAGGUCUCGGUCGACAUAGACGGGCAACUUGUGCAUGCGAGCCAGGCCAUGAAUUACUACUACCGUGGACCAAGUUUGGAGAGUCUGAGCUUCAUGGAGUUCGCCUGUUUCUGCACUGUCGAGGAGAUCAAACCACGGAAGCGCACCAUCUUCUCCAAAGAAGACGAUUCCGAGGAGACAGAAGAUAAUGAGGGCUCAUCUGAGGGAACAGAUACUGCUUCGCCGUCUAGAAAGAACACAUCUCGAUCUGCGCCGCGGAGACAUCGCAUCGUGGAGCCUCAUCCGUUGGCGUCUUCGCAUGUCAUAGUGGACCGAAUACAUCUGCACAGUCUUGGUCCUGGCGAGCAUCAUCACUUGCCGCGCUUCGCCGGCCCCAUCCCGACUCCUGGGUCUCAAGAAGCGUAUUGGCUGUUCAUGCUAUCCCACUUCAAACCGUUCUCUGUGAGAAGGCCCCUCCUCGAGCAAGGAGAAGACAUACAGACUGUUUAUGAGACAUACCCUUUCGGUCGGUGGACGCGAUUGAUCAUUCGUAACCUGGAUGCCAUCCAUGAGUGCAAAGAUGAGAGAGACAGACAGUAUAUGUCGAAGAACAAACGGCUGGAAGACACUUCGCUUGCGCUUGCAGCUGUCAUUGACGAUGCCACAGCUGCAUUCUCAAGCGAAGGGGACGUCUCUCUCCAGAUAGUCGGUCAACAAUUCACUCGAACGAGGGACAAAAACGUUCAAGAGGCCCUUCUCUGCUUAUUAGUUGCCGGAUGGUUGCGCUCAGUCGAUGACAUUGACUCUGAUAUCAGUAUGCUAGACAAUGAUCUCGUAGAGUCUUGCGAUGCGCUGCAUACGACCGAUCUCUCGACGUAUCGUGCAUCUGACAUUGACAUGCGGCGAUGGCCUAAGGAAAUCAAGGAACAAGAUGGCGCAAUCAAAGUGGCGCGGCGUAAUCGAAGCAAUCUCGCACUCCAAACGCCUGCUGCGAUAUCGCAGAAGGUAGCAUCCCUGCGAGGGGCCGAAGAUCAGCACGUUAUUAUGUGUUGCCGACGUAGACAACAUAAAGCACAGAUCUUACCUCGAGCUGUCGUGGAUAGUAUUCUCUCAAACGGGCUUACUGAACCCGAGUUCAGCGAAGAUCCUGUGAUGGAUCCGGGAUCAGAUCUGGCGCUCACACUCUAUCGGACUGCUACGCAGCUACUGGAUGCGGUAGCCGUGCACAAUCACCUAAAUGAUGCUCAACGCAUCGGAUUCCUAGUUAUCGCACGUCAAUGGAUGGUCCGACAAGACCCUGGAGCAUUCCCGGACUUACCAUGGCUUAAGCCAUGUCCACUGCGAAUCCUACUCUUGGGUCCGGGAGGUACGGGCAAGACGCAUUGUCUGGGUGCAGUUAAGGAUGUCAUGGAAUAUUUCGAUUGUGGCGAUCGACUCACCUUCUAUGCUCCAACAGGGUCGGCUGCCAUCAAUAUCGGAGGUGUCACACUUCACAAAGGUUACGGCCUCCAGGUUUGUCGUUCGUCUGACGAUUCGACUGUAAAGAGUAAAGACUGUGUAAGCGUUUUUGUGAAGGAAGCGAUCCGCAUGGAGCACAAGGAUAUCGAUGUACAGGCCAUCGAUGAGGUAUCCAUGCUUGGUUGUGAGACCCUCGGAGAGAUAGAGUACGUGAGUAGAUUCUCGAAAGAGGGUAAGAUGGACGAACUCUUCGGUGGGGCCAUAACAGUCUUCUCUGGUGAUUUCCUCCAGCACGGUCCAAUCGGUACUGUGUCCCUAUACACUCCAUUAGUACACUUUGAUGACAGGAAUAGUGAGAUAGGUAUAUCUCAGCGCAUAGGGCGCAUGGUCUGGGCGCAACUGACGGAUGUCGUAGAACUCACCGAAAACAUGCGUAUGCGAACUGAUCCUGUAUUCGCGGAAGUUGUCGGGCAUGUUCGCACGAGAGAUUGUACCCAGUUUGAUGUUGACUUCUUGAAUGAACGCGUCAUGCGUUCUGCGGAGAACGAACGCGGCGUCGACAUGUCGACGGAUGGGAAUGACAAAGCUUGUGUCGUGGUGGGGACCAAUCUUGUCAGACAGUCCAUCAACAUGGCGAAGUCUUCAAUAGAAGCCCGUGCGGCGGGGCGCAGACUGUAUCUCUGCGCGGCUCGUGAUACACGAGAUAAGAUUCCUGUUUCAGAUUCAGAUCGCCACAAGGGAGAGCGCACAACCUUACUCCAUUUAGAGAAACCUGCCGGGGAUCGGAAGCGGCGGAAAGAUAUGCUACCUGGAUUCUUGCCGCUGUAUGUGGGUAUGCCGGUGAUAUACAAGGUACGCAACCUUGCAGUGGAGCUUGGGAUCGCAAACGGCAGCCAAGGCAUCGUCGUAGCUGUCGAAACCGAGAUGGAUGCAUCGGCAUACGAAGUCGCAAAGUACGCGUUAGUCAAGUUCGAGAAGUGCAAAGCAAAUCUAAGAGGGUUGCCUUCCGGUGUAGUCCCUGUAUUGCCUGUUACGUCGACGUUCUCAGCAGUCGCACGGUCUGCGGAUAGAAUGAAGUCCGGGAUGGUGUCGGUAACAAGAAGCCAGUUACCGCUUCAACCGGCAUUCGCGAUUACCUCGCACUCGGCCGAAGGUAAGACGAUGCCCAAAGUGCUGGUCGACUUCAAAGAUGAGACUGACAAAUGGGGAUUCGCGCCGUAUGUCGGUAUCUCCAGAGUGCAGCGCCGAACAGAUCUGGCACUUAUGCGACCAGUCACGCUCUCGACGCUCAACAAGCCUCUGCCACCGGGCCUGCAGACUCAUUUAAACAAGCUUUCGACCAUGGCACACAAUACCCUGGUAUCUCACGGGUUUCAAGCAGGAGACGUGGAAACUCUUGAGAAAGAGCCGACCGUGGCUGAGACCUUGGAAGCGAGCUACAAGCCGAAGGUGCCUUCAGCGAAAGUUCUCGGUAAGAGAGGUUCAGACGAGACGAAGCCUAGAAGUGGAAAGCGCCCUAGAGUAGACCGCGGCGCAAAUAAUUCUAAUCGUCACCGAUCCAAACUACCGCCACGGAAGUCAAAGAAGAAAGUGACGUGCGCGCUGGAGAACGCGGACCCGCUCUCGGCAACAACCGUGUCCGGAUCAACGGAUCAAGUGACUGCUGCCCACGGUUCACUCUCCAACUCUGACCUUCGACAACUUGGUGGCGACUCUCUUGUUUCCACACCUCGGACGCGCCUCCCUGGAUGUCUAUGGACCUCGAACUAUACGUGUGCCUAUGACUCUGUCUUGAUGGUUUUAUUCCAUGUUCUAUUCGAGGCGUCCGAUGCAUGGCGCGACCUGUUCACUCAAGGCUCCUUCUUGGGACAUCUUUUGGAUUCGCUCUCUCGAUCUCAAGCACUCCGUAUACCGUGUCAGGCAGACUGUACUCACAGUAGUUGUGCGGGGCGUGCCUUUGAUGAAGCUCGCGAGAUCUGGCGCAACUUGAUAUCAUCAUCGCAGCCUAUCGUCUUUCCGCGCGAGGGCGAACAUGAGGUGUACGUAGACAAGCUACUCAACUUUACAUUGUACUCACAAUUUGACUGGGAACCAGACCUGCUACCUUCCAUAUCAUGUGAGGAUGCAACCUGUCAGUUCUACCCGACGCCAGCGGAUUUUGCAGAGCGGCGGGUUUUCCCUCUCAUAGUCAUCUCUCGGCCGGGUAUUCAGGUCAACGCAGCCUCACCUGUGCGUUUGGAUGAUGACCCAAACGGUCUUCCUCAUAGCGCAACGUUUGGCGCUGCGUACAAGAACGAGGCAGAAGGAAUCGCAAUUCAUGCCGCGGAAUUGGUGGUGGUUCAUAGGGGUGACCAAGGUGUAUUCAUAGGUACACCGGCACCCAAUGUGUGCGACUACAUGUCUGCCGUCGAAAAUGGAGAGGUGUCCGAAACGUUCAGUCCCGAGAGGUUCCCCGUCGCCAUGCAUCUACGCGCUCCAUCCACGAUGACUCCAGUGCACCUGCUGAAGGUUUUCAAUGACCCACAAGGGCUACCCCCCUCCGCUGAAGGCGACCCUGCCUAUAGAAGCCAUGAUGACACGGUCGCUAUAUUCACUGUGGAGUUGGCCAUUGUGAACGUAGGCUACGGCGGGUAUCUCUUCGGAUAUAGUAUAUGCUCGAGCGAUGCAUAUGCUCGAGCGCUACGCGAUAACGUGUCGGAGAGUUACAAUCCGGCAGCGGGUCGGGACUUUCCUGUCGUCGUCAAUGUGCUCACUGCCUACUAG